GUCCAGAGGUGGUCGUCGUCAGCUCUCUCCUUCUUCUUUAUUGCUCAUUCUCAUUCUCACGUCGUGUUUUUGUGAUAAACGCACGACUUACAGCCGAGCGCCUAGAGGCCAUCUAAGCUCCAUGGCCUCCCUCAACAAGCUUGCGAUCCGAGGGAUCCGCUCCUUCGACGACAAGCGUGUUCAGGUCAUUGAGUUCUACUCGCCUCUUACCGUCAUCGUGGGACACAAUGGCAGCGGAAAGACUACCAUUAUCGAGUGUCUAAAGUAUGCGACCACUGGCGACCUCCCUCCCAACACCAAGGGAGGCGCAUUCGUCCAUGACCCAAAAAUGGCAAAUGAGAAGGAGGUCAAGGCACAGGUCCGCCUGCGCUUUUGGAACGUCAACCGCGAGCGCAUGACAGUCACGCGCAGUCUUCAGGUCACGACGAAGAAGACUGGCGCCCUCACAAUGAAGACGCUAGAGGGAUUGCUCGCCAAGGAUGAUGGCGGAGCGUCAGGGAAGCGCAACACUAUUUCCACCAAAUGCUCGGAGCUGGACGAGGAGGUUCCCCUGUUACUUGGAGUGUCGAAGGCCAUUUUGGAAAACGUCAUCUUCUGCCACCAGGAGGACUCCAACUGGCCGCUCGCAGAACCAGCUGCUCUCAAGAAGAAGUUCGAUGACAUCUUCGAAGCCACCAAAUAUACGAAGGCACUUGAUAACAUCAAGGUCCUGCGCAAAGAGCGUGCUGCAGAAAUCAAGGUCGAUCUGGAACGUCUAAAGUUCCUUAAGAGCGAUAAAGACCGGGCGCAGCGCAUGCGCUCCGAGCUUGACGGCAUGGUCGCCAAGGAGAACGCGAGGACGACCGAGGCAGAAGAGCUCAAGGCGCGCUUCCAUGUUCUGAAGGAGGAGAAUGAGGCCCUGUACAAACGAGCCACUGCCUUUCAGCACAUCUUUGAGCGUCAUGACAACCUGAAGGCGCGUAAAGAAAUGCUCACUGCCAAUCGCAACCGUAUGAUGGAUGGCAUGACUGUUCUCAGCGAUACCACCGAAGAGCUCAUGCACAAAUUCCAGAACUUUGAGACUCAUCUCAAAACCAUCGAGGGCAAGCGCGACCAGCAGAUCGAAGCACGUGAUAAGGAGGAUGAGGCCCUGGAUGAGCUUCACCGUCGUGAACGCAACUUGCUCAGUACGCAAGGCGAGUUGCGUACGAUUCGCAAGACGUACGAACGGAAUCUUCGUGAACGUGAGACCAUGGUGCGCGAGCUGUCGAAGACCUACAACCUUCCGGGCUAUGACUACAGCCCAUUGGAGGACGCAAAAGUGAUGGACUUCGUCGACCGGCUUCAAGAAAUGGUUCGCAAAGCCGAGGGCGAUCUCAAGCGUUUGCAAACCGAAGGAUUGCGGAAGGAGCGCGAGCUGCAGGCUGAGCUAGACGAGCUCGCUAACAAGAGGACUACCGCUAUGGCCACCAAAUCGAGCAAGGAAGACCAGAUCCGCCAGCUUCAAAAUCGCAUUCGUAGCAUGGAGCAGAGUUUCGAUUCGUUUAGCUCUGUCGACGCCGACAUUAGUGUACUCGAGACGGACAUCGCAUCGCUGGAAACUCGCCGCGAAACGCUGGAGCAAGAGGUUCAAGAAGCCCGCUAUGAUGAGCUGCUGCGCGAGAGGCGGGCGGCCGUGAAUGAGAAGGAAGCAACGCGGGAGAAGCUCAAUGGCGAAUUGACUGCACUCAAUCGCCAGGCAGACACACGUGCUCAACUAUCCAUCAAGCGUUCCGAGCUGGAAUCCAAAAACGCCCAGAUUGAAGCCUCAGUUCAGACCCAUUCGGCCCGCUUCAAAGAGCUGGUUGGCUCGGAUCUGACUCCGCAAACAAUGGAGGAAAAGGUGACGCAGGCGGCUGGCCGUAAGGACCGCGAGCAGCAAGAGGCGGAGUCUGCGGCAGCCGCCAGUGAGCGCACUCUGUCGCAGCUGCAGACGUCGACCAACAUUGCGAAGCAAAACCUCAAAGCGAGGACGGAGGAGUUGACAAAGCUCGAAAGUGCAAUCUCUGUCGUGCUUCAGGAGGCUGAGCAAUCCUCAGUGGAGGAGGGCAUCAAGGAUUGUGAAACAGAGAUUGGCAUUCUGAAGGAUGAGCUUGCAGAUAGUGAAAGCGCAAAGAAGUGGUACAAGAGGGUUCUAGACACUAGCAAGACAAAGAAAAAGUGUAUGGGCUGCGACCGUGCCAUCCAACACAACGAGGAGGGUUCAGUUCAAGCCUAUCUGCAAGCCCGCCUCCAGAAAUUGAACGCGGCAGACCAGUCUGAGCUCACCUCUGACCUGGAGGGCUGGACGGCUCGACUGGAAGGGCUGCGCGCCGUUCAGCCCUCCGUAGAGCGCGUCAAGACUUUGAAACGCACCGAAAUUCCCGCGCUGGAGCAACAGAUUGCCACCGACACAGCUAAGCUUGCCACGGUGCAGAAUGAGGUCGACGAGGCACGACGGGCUGUGCAGACAGCUAAGCUUGCUGUCCGCGAUCUCAAUGCCAUCAAGAGCGCGUCUGCCAUCAUGACGCGCCUCGUAGGCGAGAUCGAUGACCUUACGGCAAGCGUCCAGCGUCUGGAGCGAGACCUACAAUCCACGGGUUCACUCAAGACCGUGGAUGACGUGCAGCGUGAGAUUGAGGUGAUCGCCAAUGAGAUCAAAACUCUCCAGCGUGACAUGAACUUCUCCAUGAGUGAGAAAGAGCUGAAGCUCAACACGAUCCGAAGUAUUGGAGAGGAUCUUCAUCGCAAGACAAUGCGACUUACAGACCUGCGAUCCAAGCAAGAGCGCCGCAAGCUUGACGAGCAGCAGCUAAAGGAGCAUCAGACCCAGCUGACUAGGCUCCAAAGCGAGCUCAAGGAACUUGAUGUGGCGGCGCAGGCAGCUGCUGCUCCAUGGCGCGAGAAGAAUGAAGCACUUAAUCGGUACCGCAAUGAGCGACAGGACGAAGAAGACAGUGCUAGCAUGCAAGUCGGCGCAUAUCAGUCUAGCCUGUACGAGCUGGAGGCCAAACACCGCUCGUGUCAGUCCUACGUCACUGAGGGAAACGACCGCAAACUGCGUGAAAACGAGUCGCAUUUGGAGGGCAUGCGGCAGGAGAUUCAAGCAACGAAGGAUCGUCGCGCAGCCAUCGACAAGACUGUCAGCGUACUUCAGGAGGAUGUUUCCCGUGCACACGUCACGCGUCGUAACCUCAAGAGCAAUAUCGACUUCCGUGCUGAAGAGCGGUCGAUCCAGAAAGUGGAGGAGGAGAUGGAGGAGCUCGAUCUGGAGGGGGCUGCGCGUGAUCGCCGGAGUUUCAACCACGAGUACAAGCAGAAGAUGGCCGAGGAGACCGACGUGCAGAAUCGGUGGCAACUAUGCUCUGGACAGGUCAUGCAGAUGGCCGAAGAACGCAAGCGUCUGGAGAAGACACUUGCUGCAGAUUAUAGGAACAUCGACAGACUGUAUCGCGACCAACUCAUUAAAACCAAGACGAGCGAGGUUGCCAACAACGAUCUUGAGAAGUAUGCUAAGGCACUGGAUAAUGCCAUCCUCAAAUAUCACUCAAUCAAGAUGGACGAGAUCAACGACACGAUCAGCCACCUGUGGAGCAAAACGUACCAAGGCACGGAUAUUGACACCCUCCGCAUCAUGUCGGAUCACGACGAGCAGAGCACAAGUGCCCGCAAGUCAUACAACUACCGUGUGGUGAUGGUGAAGAACCAGGUCGAACUCGACAUGCGUGGGCGCUGCUCGGCGGGCCAGAAAGUGCUCGCGUCUAUCAUUAUACGUCUGGCGCUGGCCGAGAGCUUCGGCCAAGGUUGUGGUGUGCUCGCCCUUGACGAACCCACCACCAACCUCGACCAAGAGAACAUCAACGCCCUCGCCGAAGCGCUUGCCGAAAUCAUCCGCGAGCGCCGCCGCCAGACCAACUUCCAGCUUAUUGUGAUCACCCAUGACGAGGGAUUCUUGCAGCGCCUCGCUGCUCAGGAUGUGCUCGAUUACUACUGGCGUGUCUCGCGCGACAUGAGCCAGAAGAGCGUGCUGGAGCGGCAACGCAUCGGCAUCUAGUCCCUUGUCACUUUUCGUUACCAAGCAUAUGUAUUAUCAGAGACGAGCCGCACCCUGUGACGGAAGGCCCCACACGGUUCGGCUUGAUUUGGUGUUGGACGCAUAAUCUUCAAUGGUAUACGUUGCACUGACGCAUGGAGGUGACGUUACCUGUUCUAGACGGGUGAAGAUGAAUCUGAUGCAUACAGUUGG